UAUAUUUGUAAAUGAGGCGAAUUGUUACAAAGGCAUAGUAGCUGCGUGCAGAUCUAACAGUUCCAUAACCUGAGGGCGCCUUGGGGUCGUGUGCCCCCGACUCUCCACUUCUCCUCCAACCCAGCUGGAAGGAGAUCAGAACCUUUUCCUUCCAUUUUCAGUUAACGUCCAUCAAGUGUUACUUCAAACGCCCCAAAGGAUGGUUAAUAUUCACUGUGAUUUGUUCAAAGGAGCCAAGAAAAAUGAAACCCAGGCGUGUGUUGCCCCAAACUCACUUUCCCCACCCUUUCCCCCCAGAAUACAGGGGAGAGGAAUGCCAGUAUCACCAUCAUGCUUUGCUACGGGCAGAUGGCUCUUGGGGCGCGGCCUGAGGACCUCCUGCGCUUCAUCGAGCUCAUUGUGGCAGAGCUCCUCUUCCAAUUCCAGAACACCAGGAAGGACGAGGCUCUGAAAAAGGGCUUUAUGAAGGCAGUCAUUCUAACAACCAAGGCGCUUGUGCAAACGAAUGUGGGCCAUGUCAUCUUCCCGCACAAAGCGGAGCUCACCAUCUGCAUCAUUGAAGUCAUUGAAGAGGAGCCGUUGGGAUCUUUCUCUAUUUCUGUCCUGCACCACGCCAUCGUCACCAUCAGCUGCAUGACUGCCGUGAGACCACCUAUGGACUCCAUGCUUCGGUCUGAGCUAGUUAAGAAAAGCAUCAAGAAGGUGUUUUCGUUGCCCUCCUUGAAACUUACAAAACUCAAAGCCGGGAGUCCCACACAAUCAUCACAGAGCCAGGACUUUUAUCAGCAGACGGUCAACGCCUGCCUCAACAUGCUCACCAGCUUGCUGUCGGAGGCCCCCUCUCUGGAGGCGCUGCAGGAUAUAUUAGUGGUAAGGGAGCCCCCAAGAUGUCAGAGCAGGGGGAGGCAGCAGAUCCUGUUGAAAUGAUUGCAUGGGGGGCGUCUGUGCCCAACUCACAGGUUGUGGAUGCUGAUGGUGAACUGGGCCUCUGUUCUGCUAGGAAUGUUUGUGCAAGGCACACAUCCGUUUCCUUUCAAAGAUAUGUCCUCUGCUGAUGGCAUUAGGGGAAGGGCCGUGGCUCAGGGGCAGAGCUUCUGUUUUGCAUGC